GGGAGUCCAAUCAUAGAUAGUUUGUGUAGGAAUUAUCACGAUUGCAAUCAUGGUCAAACUAUUUGCCUUAAGCGUGUUGUACAAACCAACAUCAGACGUUUCUCCAACUACGCUGAAAGCUGCCUAUGAUUUACAACAAUUCAGCUUUUUUCAGCGAUCUUCAAUUCAAGAAUUUAUGGCUUUCACAUCUAAGAUCAUAACUGAGAGAUGUGCUGUAGGGAGUAGGCAAUCAGUUAAAGAACAAGAAUACAUGUGCCAUGUUUUUGUACGUAGCGACGGUCUUGCUGGUGUAGUCGUUUCUGAUCAUGAAUAUCAAUACAGGGUAGCACACACUAUGAUUGAUAAGGUAUUGGAUGAGUUUGCAGCCAAAGUGCCAUCACAUUUAUGGCCAGGUACCCACGAGACAGCCAUACCAUUCACAGAGCUACCUGCUCUCCUGGCCAAGUGGCAGAACCCUAGAGAAGCUGAUGCCAUUACUCGAGUGCAGGAAGAAGUUGAGGACACCAAAAUAAUAUUGCACAACACCAUUGAAGCUGUGCUCGAGAGAGGUGAGAAGCUCGAUGACCUGGUAAACAAGAGCGAGAUGCUGAGUAUGCAGUCCAAAGCCUUCUACAAGACUGCCCGCAAGACCAAUUCCUGCUGCAACUUUGGAUAAUGUUGCUCCUUUUUCUUCUCCCAAAACCAUUCCUUGCUUGCCAGUCCUUGUCACUUACCAGAAAAUUUUCAUAUUAUCAACUCAGUGAUAUAUUAAGUUAGGCUGCUCAGGUAUAUACAGGGGUGAUUUUCUUGUUUAUAUUUGUUCGUUUUGUUCAUAAAACAUGUCUCUUUAUUGUAGGGAUCGUUAUUCUUAACUUGACUAGGUUAUAAAGGCUCCUUGUGUGAAAUUCCUAGCUUGCUUGAAAAAAAUUUUGGUAAUUCAUAAAAUAUUUGCAAACCCCUGCUUGUACUUCUAUGUUCCAUAUAAAAUUUACCUAAGUAAUGCUUAUUUUAUUGCGAUUUUUUGUAUUUUAUGUUUUUAAUAAAUACAUCUUUUAAAAUGGCAAUUUAGGGUCAUUUUAUCUUUUCAUAUAUUUACUUAUUCAACAAAAUGAGUUGUUGUGAAUCCUGAGCAAAAAGAAGAGUUACUAGGUUUGAAUCGCAUUAUCAUGCUGCGCUAUCCCAUUACAUUUGUUGUUAGGUACGAGUAUAUAUAUAUAUAAAUAUAUCUCUCAUCAGUUUGAAUGUGAGAAAGUUGAGUAAAUGAAUUCUUUUGCUCGUUAUGAAGAUUUAAAAUUAUUUCUCUUUGCAAAAAUUUCUUUCUUCGGAAUUUUUUAACAGUACAAUUUUUCAGCUACUUUGAAUUGGAAAUAGUUGGCUUUCAACAAGAUUAACUGGAGAUCUUAUUAUAAUAAGGAUGUUAAUGUGAUGACAUAUCAGACAAAACUCGACCUUAGUAUUGAGAUGUAAAAAUUGACGAUAACGCAUUGAUAUAUACUUUUAAAUUAUUCCAAAAUUGAUUCACAUAAAAAUGUAUCGGAAUUUUUUUGCACGCAAACUGACUUGCAUCAUCCAUAUUUUGGAUUCCUUCAGCCUGUUAGUGUAAAGCAUUUAAUGAAUUAAUUCGGCCUACAACCAAGGUGCAGACUUCCAAAAAAAAUUUUUUUUGUAGUAAAUUAAGAAAUUUUAUCAAAAAUGAAUUGCUGGUGACAUAUAUACGUCUCGUGUCAGCAAGCUCUCUGGUACAAGUGUCUUUGUUCCUAUUGAUCUUAACCUGUCCAUUCCUUUGCUCUCUGAGAUGUUAACGCUACUUUUGUGCCAGCUUCUGCAAAGGUCGUUUGACGUAGGUUGCUAGUGAAUUUAUAUGUGUGAACAUUCAUGUUAAUUAAGACCUCACGUGCUGGAUUGACUGCUGAAGAGCUUUUAUACCUUUAAGCUACUGUUCUACUACCACUUAUCCGUAAAUGCAGUCGUAUUUGCGACCGUUCGAAGUUGUAUCUGCCAAGUAUUUCUGCGAAUCGCUAUUAGGUGUCAAAAUUUUUUAUUGUGGUAUGCAUCUUGAUGUUCUAGAAUUCUUCGUGUGGGAUUCGGUGUCUUUCGUCCGGUGAAAAUUAGGAAAGUGAUUAAAUAUCGCCCGUUCUAUGAAAAGAAUCAAGAUUUGAAUACUAUGCAUGAAACUUCGUUAAAAAAUAAUCAAAGCUUUUUCAAAGCUACCUUUUUUUGUGACCAAUUUUUUUGUUGUAGCAUUGCCAUCUUCAUUUUUAAAUGCGAUCGACCCCAGAGAUUAGUGGAUAGUGGAACAGUUCCUUGUUUUUUCUAUGCUUGAGUGUUGUUGACCAUUUGGAAGUCAGUAGGAUUGAAGCCAAAUGAUAUUGCAAUCUCUAGUUUGAUGCAAGUGACCUCAGCGUGUGUGAAUUUGUCUCACGCUCUGAACUUGUGACUUCAGCUGAGAAAUGUUCUAGAAUUUAUUGUAAUUGUUCUUAAAUUGUAUAGGAUGGCGAGUUAUUAUUCUUUAUAUAUAUUUUCAGUGAUCAAGGCAUAUGUAAGUGUUGACGGUUUAAGUCAUGAAUUGGAUAUUCUACGUAGACAUAAGCGUAUUGCAGUGUAUUCUUAUCGAUGUGGUGUAUCAAUGUUUGAUGGUCAGCGCUCUACGUCAUCUUCUGUAAUGACAAAUUUUACGCGGGUAAAAUUGGAGUUAUAAUGAAGGGCCCUCGAUGCAGAGAAGCCACUGCUGCUUGGAGGAUCUUUUUGAGGCGGUGGAAAAUUUUCUAUCAUGUUCAUUUACACGAUUUAUUAACCGUACUCCCCUUCGACACUGCUAUCUUCCUUUGUUCUAAAUCCAUGUGUUCUCAACAAUAUUUUUGUAACUUAAUGGUAAUCUAUUUCUUGACAAAUAUCGUUCUUCCUUUUUUUUACUACAAAGAAAUGAAGUUGUAACGUCCUUAAUCGAACCUGAAACUUUCAGACUCUUAUCGAUAUUUGAAAUCGUAGCAAUAAAUGUUCAAAUGUAUUUAAUGAGUUUCCGUAGGCUGAUUGAGCAUUUUGCCUCUCAUGGCGUAUGUAAUUCCAAACAUCAGUAUUUGUUUUUCCUGCUAACUAAUCUUUGCUUUUAGCGUUACCAUAAGUGAUAAAACUAAUGUUUGUCAAUAGUACAUCAAGACAAGGAUUAUGAAAAAGCUAUAUCAAGACAAGCAUCUCUCAGCCGAGCUUUGCCGUAGUUGUGCUACUCAGCAAUUCUUCUAAUCCAAGUAACCUCGAUGUAUUAUUUGUGAAUCGCAACUUCUAAUCCAAACUACAGAAGAUUUUUGACGCUGAUAUGAUGCCGAUGUUGUCGUACCAUGUGUAUAUCUCAUUCGUCGUUUUGUCGAGAUGUUGCUGAUGUUGUCGUACCAUUUUAUGCAUGUCACUCAUCGUUGUGUCGAAAUGAUACUUACAUUGUUGCACCGCGCGAUGUAUCUCAUUUAUGAGCUUCGAAAUGAUGCAUAUGUUGUACUCCAUUGAAACCUCCGUCGCGAAGCUAGUAUCUUACGCUUGAAAUCGGUCUUUAACGUAAGUUUGGCAUCUGUUUUGUACCCCCGUUCUAUGUUAUGCCAAUUAUACAAAUUUGCACUUGAUGUAACUAGAGCACUGCAUUGCUUCUUUUCAUUUAUUUACAUUAGCAUUAUUUGUGUUGCUUUUUGAAACACUAAAUCCACUUGGUUCGUUUUUUCUUCAUUAUUUCGAGUUUACCUUUUUUCCUCUUAUUUACUUUGUUAAGCACUCUUCGGGGAUGGCGUUGUUGUUAGCAAAUUAUUAUCUGCCAUAUGUAUUAUGCUUCAUAUUUUGGAUUUACAUUUAAUUGUUAAUUUCUUUUUUGGAAGCCGGUAUUAUUCAAAAACUGUACCAUUGGGUUAAAUCUCUGACGUAUUUUGUUUACGGAUUUUCAUUUCAACUCCUUACUCGAAAUGCUCUGCUUUUCUUUGAUAUAUUCUCUUCAUUCGUUGUCGGCUAUUUCAUUGUUCCUGCAAUUUACGCACUUUAAUUUGGGUAUUAAAUUCAAUCACCUAAUAAUAAGUAUAUAAAUAAUUGGGUCUAUUUCUUUGUAUUCCUUCUGGGAUAUUCAGGUUAUUUACUAUACUUAUGAUUAUAUUCUAAUUGGUUAAAUAAACUCUCUUCGUCUAGUCACUCUUUCUUUUUUUCGAAUCACAUCAAUAGCUCUAUGUUUUCUGAUAUUCUCUUAAUUAUGACAGAGGAUUUCAUUAUUUUAAGGCCUAAUUGAUUUUAAACUGUACAUACCUUAUGGUCACUCAAUCUCUUCUUCGUUGCAUCUCAUUGACUUUACCAUUUUGGGCCACUGUUGUUUGUUUCUAUUUCGUACAUCUUUUUUCACUGAUUUUUCGGUCUGCUUUUCUAAUUUAAAGUUUUUUUUUAUGUUUAUAUCUCAUGGUUUAAUGUUUAUGUUCUUAUUCUUUAGGGUAUCAAUAGAACAACUUUUUAGUAUUUACAAUUUUUCUCUGUGAGAAAAAUGUUUUGUUCUGCGAGGAAAAUGUUUCGUCAUUAUGGGGCUAAAGUGCACUCUAGUUCUCUCAUUUGUCCGAGUAGAAUGAAGCGUAGUUUACUUUUUAAAUGGUGACAUAGGGUAAUCUUAGGAUAGUUUCUACCGCAGUCCUACGAAAAAAAAAUCUGAAAACGGAUGUUAUUGUAUGUUGUUGCCAGCCAAAGGCAAUAAACGUUAAUUUGAUAAACCUCUUUCUUCGGCGCAGCAAUAAUAGAAUAUUUUACGCAACAAACUUUUUACCCUGAGCUUGCUAACACAAAUCAGUGAAAUGUGAAGUCAAUUGAUCGAAAGUUUAUGUGUCACAGAAUUGUGUUGCGGGUAAAAACCCUUAAUUCAUCACACAUGUCUCAUCAUAUUUCUGAUGAGAUGUUGAAUUUGUUUAACAUCUUCCUGAACAUGCUGCAUUACUGAAUUUUUUCAAGUUGUAGAUGGGAUCGAGUAGCUCAUGUUCACAGCCAUUGACUCGCCUAUUUUUCCGUGUUCUACACGCGCGUUCACAUGACAAAUGCUGCCGAGGGCCAGUACAGUAAGUAACACGUAUUUUCAUGCGCGAUGUGAUGAGGAUAUACUGAUGAUGUCAGUGUUCCUCUACGUACUUCUUUGCCUUGACUAUUUUUUGAAGAAGAGUUAUUUUUUCAAUUGUUUCUCUCUAUUGCGAAGUGUAGGUCUGGCUAGAAGUAUUAUUGCGUGUUAAUGAAAUAAAUAACUAUUGUCUGCUGCA